GACUUUUAACCAAAAUAUACCUAAUUUCAACUCAGCGAACUGAGUUUCCUGCAUCACACAUCAUCUCAACUGCCAUGCGACGUGAUUCAUUGUCUUAACGCCAUCCGAGAUAGCUCAGCAAGCUAGCCGACUUGCCAAAACGAUGCACUUCGUGUAUUUCAGAUUUCCAAAUAAGGAUCCAGAUACCUCAUCCAGCACCAUUCCGUACGUCUCCAUCAGCCCGCAAGCGCCUCAAAAACCCCACCUCGCCCAAAUACCCGCCUCCCCACUUUCCCUCUUCUCUCACCUCGCCCCCGUAGCCGCCGGGCGCCACAAAAAACGAACCCGGAUCAGAUUACGAAGCCCUAAUCUCCGGGGGGCGGGGGGCGCGGGCGAGUCGCCUGUACGACAUCUGCGGUUACCUAGCGUUCUGCCGAGUCUAGCGAGACAAAUUACAAUAACCUUCCCUUGUAAAAGGCCUCCCAACCGCCCGUGUUUCCCUUACCCGCCCUCCCGGCCGCCGGAUAGAUUGCGUAUUGCGCAUGCGCCCUGCUUCGGGGCCGUGCGAACACACCUGCCCGUGUGGAAUAGCGUGAGGGUGGCAGGGCGGUUAGCUAUAUGUGGGCGCGUUAUGGGCCGACGUUGAGGAUUGCGGCUGGAGGGGGGGUCGGGUCGGGUGCGAAGGUGGCGUAUUGGGUAUGGCCCGUUGCGGGCGCUGAUUGGCUGGGUGCGGCGUUGUGGAUUAUGCGUUGGAGGCGGGCCGGCGCGAGGCUGGGAUCGGAGGUUUAGGUAGGGCUGAGAGGGGGAUUGCUGUGGUUGGUAGAAGAAAUGGGAGUAUUUCUUGAUGAGUGUGUUUUA